AUGCUGCAUUGCAGUCGGCUUCUUGCUAAGAAACGACCCCCGCCUCUGGGUUACAGUCCCAGGGACUUUUCGAAGAAGUUGCACUCACCGCGGGCGUCAAAGCCGUGGCGCAACCGCCACGUUUUAUCUGGUGGGCAAAUUGAGGUCUCGUCAAGUUUCGAGCAUGCUGCACAUGCGGAUCUCUCUACACGUCCUCCUCUUGGCAUUUAUGACGCAAGGGUAAUUCCUGCCGCGGACACCACGGUGACGGCGACUGCCCGUGCGGCGCUUCCAGAAUCUGCGGAGGAUGCAACCGCACCUCAAAGCAUGUCACUUGUCGAACAAGAAAGAGAUUUGGGUAUCGCGGCGGCAUCGUCCUCAACGGCUCCAUUAGCGACACUUCCGUUCGGGAGGGGGCUGGAGCUGAAGGUGGAUAAUGUGAAGACGCACAGCGAGGGUCCGAUUCCCCUGCACCUGCAGCAGUUCCGUCGCACUCGUCGUGAGGCGGCGGAGUCUAUCCUUCUUCCCCGUCACAUCAACCAUUUGUUUCACAAAAUUAUGGGUUGGACGGAAGACGCCGUGGAGGUGGAUGCGGAGUCGGCGCCGCUUGGGGCCGCGGCCGACGCCACCGCGAAAGCAGGUGAGCUGCAACCUCAGUUGCAGAAGGAUGCACCGCUUUUGCGCAAAAAAUAUGACGAACUCACCGAUAAGAUGAAAUACGGUGUGCUGCUGGAGAGCUACGAAAAGGACAAGUUUGCGAUUGAGCACCAGUUGGAGAUUGCUGGUGAGCGGUUUGAGCGAAAGUUCCUGGAGUGGGAGGGAAUGCACGUGCUGGACCAAGAUUCCGCGGCCGCCAUGCAAGGAGUGCUGGAAAACAAGAGUUCUAUCGUCAUGGAUAUGCCAUCCUCCUUUCACAUUCCUGUCGUGAACCGCGACUGCUGCAAAGGCUGUGGGGCACUUUUGCAGGACAAGGACGAGAAUGCAUUCGGAUAUGUGCGUCGUGGGGAUGUGGAAAGGUACAUCAUGGACCGACAAGCCAAGAUGAAGGCGCGGGCCGAGUACGCGGAUCGCAUGUCAGAACUACAAGCCCAUUGGAAAAAACAUGGCCGCCGCGUCGGGGAAGAGUGGCUGGACUUCAUGACUCAGGAGGAGUUUGACGCCUUUUACAGGGACCAAAGCAAACCCUUUGUAUGUCACCGCUGCCACGCAUUGGAGAACCUCGGCGUCGAGGGACGCCGUCAGGUUUGGUCGGCCCCAGAUUUCACAGAGAAGUUGCGGGCCCUGCGGGAAAAGAAGUGCGUGGUGGUGCUCGUUGUCGACAUCACAGACUUUCCUGGAACGAUGGUUUAUGAUCUUCCAGGUCUUAUAUCGAUGAACAAUGACGUUAUUAUAGCCGUAAAUAAAAUGGACUGCAUUCGGAAUCGUUCCUUUAACUAUAGUCACAAAGACAGGGCCAUUGCCGCCCGACUAGUAACUGAGCGGUAUGUGCGUCAAUGGGUGACGAGCAUAGCUUUGCAGUUUGGUCUGCCUCGCCACCAGAUAAAGGAUGUUAUUCCCAUCUCUGCUAAACGUGGGUGGAAUGUGGAGGCGCUUAUUGCGGCCGUGGAAGGGGCAUCGAAUCUGAAUCUGACGCGCCCGAUAAAGCCCAUGCCAACUUACUUUGUGGGGGUAGCAAAUGUUGGUAAAUCUUCUGUCAUUAAUGCCAUCGCCCACAAACUUUACAUACCAGUUCCACCGCACCCGGAAAGUCGUAAGAUUUACUACACAAAGAAAUCCAAAGAUGGAACGGAAUCAGUUUUUUGGCGCUGGUACACUCCUCCUGAUGUAAAUCAGGCGGAGAUGAUUGACAUUCCCUCGCGCCAUGACAAGAAGGCAUCAAAGUUGCUGACUGUUUCUUCUCUUCCUGGAACUACGGUGGAGGCGAAUGCGGUCCGUGUUUCGUUAACGAAGGGGGCACCAGGUGACGCAGCUUACCUGUUUGACACACCGGGGCUUCUUCCCCACUGGCAUCAUUCUUCUCCUCUGACCUUGCUGCAGAUGCGCCGCACACUCAUUCGCAAGUAUCGGAAUCCACAAUGUUUUAUACUGACGCCUGGAAACACCCUUUUGCUUAGUGGUUUGGCGGCCAUCGAUGUGGUGAAGGGGACAUCGCGUGGGAUGCUUUUUAUGGUCUACACCUCUCAGAAGGUUCGCAGCGCUAUUGUAAAUACCGAGCGCUCUGAUGAAUUUUGGAAGGAACAACUUGGAAAGGCGCUGGAUCCGCCUGGCUCAUUGGAGCAGCUUGGUGAUCUUCGUUUAACAGACUCUAAAAGCUACCUUUUUGAGUGCUACCCUCGACAUCGUCGCCGUCCGAAGGCAGACGUGUACGUUUGUGGCAUUGGUUGGACAUCUUUUUGCGUGAAUGAGGCAUGUGACGUGGUACUUCGUGUGCGUACACUGCCGGGUGUUAUCCAUGGUGUGCGGGAGCCGCUGCGCUACAAGGACCUGCUGGCAUUUCGCGGUUGGCCCAAGUUGAAGCGACGUUUCACUACGGCCGGUCUUCCCAAUGAAGAGGGAGACUGGGAAGAUUCCAUCGCCACCGUUGUUCGUCUCACCGCCGGUGGGUCAGAUAACGAAACAAAUGCGACUGGCGUCAACAAAGGCGGGGAGGCACCGGGGGCGAAAGUGGUACGCAAGGCGAUACUUCCGCGACAUGUUGCUGCGUCAACGACGGCUUUUGACGCUGUGCUGGCGGAUCUCACUUUGAAUGGGAGUGUCAUGCCCGCAAAGGGAGCGGACCCAGAGUAG